AUGUCCAGACCGCUUAUGCGAAUCCCGUACACGGGGCCUCUGCCACCACCCUUGAUAAUCCCACCGUCGGCAGCCACUCAACAAGGUGCCAUCGCCGCCCUCGCGCAUUUUCUGACCUCCCCUGCGCCACACGCGACACCCAUCGCCUCCCCUGGUCCAGAUGGCCAACGUGAGGGGAAUAAGACAGUUCUCCUGACAGGUGCAGGCAUAAGUGUGGCCUCAGGUCUGGCCGACUAUCGUGGCGUCAACGGCACCUACACCCAGAACAAGAGCUACCGUCCUAUCUAUUACCAUGAAUUCAUCUCGAGCCACGAAUCCCGAAAACGAUACUGGGCCCGCUCGUUUCUAGGUUGGAGGGGUCUUCACCGCUCCAAACCCAAUGCCGCGCACUACGCCAUUCGGGAUCUUGGAAAACUAGGGCUGGUCGACCGUGUGGUUACUCAGAAUGUCGAUUCGUUCCAUAACCUUGCGCAUCCGCAGCUGAAGACGGUGGAACUACACGGGUUUCUCAGGGCGCUGGUCUGCCUCAGCUGUAAGAGGCUCAUUGAUCGCGAUGUUUUCCAGAAGAGAUUGGCCGAGUUGAAUCCUGCCUGGGCCGAAUUCUUACAGCAGCUGCUGGCUUCGGGGGCGCUGGAUACUGAGAAUCCCAUGGAGAGGAGAAGGUUGGGUUUCCGGACCAAUCCCGACGGUGACGCCGAUGUCCCAGGUGCCCCGUAUUACACGUUUAGAUACCCUGCCUGUCCGCAUUGUCUGAAGCGACCGCCAAUUCUGAAGGAUGGGAGUAAGGGCCACGUGCAUGUCGAUGCGGACGGUGCUUGGAUACCAUCACCCAGAGCGCCCGGGGUCCCCGAUGGCGUCGGCGUGCUCAAACCCAAUGUCAUCAUGUUCGGUGAAUCGAUCUCAGCUGAAGUGAAGACCGCAGCGGAAGAAGCCAUUGAUUCCGCGGCGAAGAUCUUGGUCGUCGGCAGCUCUCUCGCCACCUACUCGGCGUGGAGGCUGGUCAAGAGAGCGCAUGAACGCGGCAUGGGCAUCGGGAUCUUGAACAUGGGUGGUGUCAGAAAGGAGGAAGCAUUCUUUGGAGAUCUCCUCCCGCAUCACCACCAUCAAGGGCAGGGGGAUCAACAUGCUGGAUGGACGGCCUUGAGACGGGAUCUCGUGCGUGCCAGUCUGCCAGCCGAGGAGAUCUUGCCUGCAGUGGUCGAAGCGAUUCAGGCCAAUAUGGUUGAACAAGAACAGGCCCCGGUGACGCGCCUUCAGACCCAUGCCUGA